AUGACCGAUCUGAACGCCCAAGUCGCCAAGCAGGCGCGCGAUGCCGCCGCCACUUCACCGGCUCCGAAGAACAAACUUACUGAAGAUAUUAUUGUGAAUCUCGGUCCUGCUACUGUCGUCGAUGCGCUUAACACAGCCACUGGCGCCCUUCGCACGUCCUUGGAUAAUGCCUCCUCUAAGGAGCGAGAUUUCAUAAACCGCACCGCUCUUGCGUCAUACACAAUCUGGGGAUGGUUUGAGGAGCUUCAGUCUUGGCCGUGGCCCUCCGAACCGGGGCCUGCUGGGUAUCUGAUGCCCAGCGACGAAGAGCGCAAAAGAAGAUCAAUGCAACUUACCGUCCCAGGAGAGGAUGAGGAUCAGUGGAUGGGGAGUUUGCUCGCCCGAGAUGUGUCGAAACAUGAGCAGAGGCUGGCUCAAAUUCAGCGUGAUUUGUCAGACCUUGAUCUCGAAGACAUCAAAGUCCAUGUCCUCAACCAUCAUAUUCUUCCCUUAUCCAGACCAGGUACACCACUUGCCGAAUUCACUGGAGCCGCGCACCUCGGCGAACUAAUCGUCCGUCCUGGGCCGGUCGCUUGA